AUGGCAGAACAGCAAGAGCAAGGUAAUCCGGUAGUCUAUUCUGGGGAGGCGAGAGCGGCCGAGUCUAACAUGGGGUGGGAAGCAUUGUGUCAUUCUCAGGAUACGCCGUUUCGUUUGUCGCGUUCAUUUCUCCUUUGUAGCUUCUGCCUCUACGCGGCAUGUACCGGACCGAUUCACCUCAAUUGUAUGCCACUUACAGAUAUAUAUUACGUGGAAGGGUAUUUCCGGGGCAAGUGCAGCCCGACGGAGGUGGACUUAUCAAAACCCGCGCGGGAGCCGAAAUGCGAAGCUGAGGAGGUUGCGGUCCAGGGGUGGUGCACUAAUGCUAUUGUGUCUGAAAUCUGCUGGUCGUGGCUUUCCGGGCUCUUGCUGGACCACCUGGGUCCAAAGGCUACCGCCAUGAUAGGCUCCGCAUCCCUUCUUGUGGUAUCAUUAGCCGUUGGGGCCUCGAGGCACUUGCAAACUUCGAAGUGGCCGUCCAUCAUUGUUGGGUGUAGCUUAUCCAUGGCCUUCCUCCCUAGCCUCACCAUUGCAAAUCUCUUCCCUACUGCGAGAAAUUCAGUAAUUGGACUCCUGACUUUGGCUCGUUUCCUGUCUGCUGCAGCAACGCUGGUACUGAGGUCUGUUUAUUUGGAGGGCCGUCAUCGAGAAGAUACUCGUACAACUGCGUAUACAUAUGUCGCGCUGUGCGUGGGAGGAUGUGUAUUCAUUGCUGCGCUGUUCUUCCCUCUCCAAAAGUGGCAGCGUGCGCGAGCCAUUGCUCAAUUAAGGAAGAAUGCCAGCUCAUCAGCGGGUGUGCAUCCACCAUCUUCUUGCCACUACAGUGGAGGACCCGGCACGGGCAGGCCUGGUGCAGACGCUUCUAAGAGGCUUCCACGCAAGAUCAUCCCACAAUGGCACGGUAUUUUUCAUACGCGGUCUUCGGCACCCAUGAAAGUAACAGAUUCCUUGGAUGCCGCUAUUUUGAAACAAGAUAUUGUUCAAUCCAUACAGCGGGGUACAACAGAUGGCGCGUUUCUUUCUCUGCGCGACUGGAGAGCCUUUUUGGCAGAGGUGUCAUCACUCGUAUUUGCGUUCCUCUGUGUCUUCGGGAUGCUGGUGCUGAGCAGCGCACAGUGCUUUAGGGCGGCAGAGAUGCACAUCAUCCCACAGGCUUACAGAGCAGGCGAAUAUGUCGCCCUGCUCGCUGCCCUUCCACUUCCGUUCAUUGGACUGCUUGCCGACAGACGAGGAAUAACCGUAGCAAUGGGUUUCGUGGCCGUGCUUGAACUGUUCGCUCUAGCUUUUACCGUGAUUCCCGGGUUCCCUGCAGUCGGAGUGUGCCAGUAUUUUGCAUCCAUUAUGAUGAAAGUGGCCAGCUCGUUUUGUAUCAGCCAGAUAUACUGUUAUGUUCUGCAGAGUUUCCAAGAGGCGCAUAUGGGAAAGCUCAUCGGUUUAGCAUCUUUCCUCGCGGCGCUUCCAUUGCUCGUGGUCAACAGCGUGUUUCCCACGGUCUUCCACGUGGAAUUCUUUCACGCUAUACUGACUUGCAUAGGGAUGGCCGCUGGGGGUUUGGUCGUUCUCAGCGGAAUAGUGGUUGUACGCAGGCGAAAGGCGGCGAAAAUUCUCGAACGGAUUAGACCCGAGUGGCAGUCGGAGUGGAUAGUGUAA